GAGAAUUUUUCCCAUUCUUAUAUGUGUUUUGUUAGGAAAGAGAGAGAGAGAAGUAACUUAACCAAACUCUCGAUGUGAAAUCUCUCUGUUCUAAAUCCAAUUUCACUUUUUCUUACUAUUUGUCACACUCGCUCCUCCCUGAAAUGGGUGGAACCCAUAAUGUUUUCUUGAAAGGGAAAAACAGAUUAAUACUAGAUUCUUUGUUCUUGCUUUUGGAAUGCGCCUUCACACCAAGCUGAAAUGUGCGUACUCAUGCCUUCUCCCCAAGAUAUUUGCAAGAAACACUGCCAAAAUUGGUCUCAGUUUGAUUCACCCAUUCAAGAAGGCAUCACAUGUGCUUAUGGGCUGCCUUUGCUCCAAAGGCACCAAAGAUGAUGCCGAUGCCACUUCUGAGAAUAAAACACCAUCAAGGAAUUCUGCUGCAGUAAGUGUUAGGACUGCAACCAGUACGAACAAUGGUGACAAUGCAAAUAUAUUACGAUCGGGCAAUGGAGAGAAGGUGAUCGUAGCUUUAGAUGUUAGGAUCAGUAGUGGUAACAAUGCAGAACUGAAGGGGCUCUCAGGUGAGCAUGCAGCUGCUGGCUGGCCAACUUGGCUCGUAAAUGUGGCACCAAAAGCAGUAGAAGGCUGGCUGCCUCGGCGAGCUGAUUCAUUUGAGAAAUUAGACAAGAUUGGACAGGGAACUUAUAGUAUUGUAUAUAAAGCUCGGGAUCUCGAAACAGGAAAGUUUGUUGCACUAAAAAAGGUGCGGUUUGUCAACAUGGACCCUGAAAGUGUGCGUUUUAUGGCCAGAGAAAUUCAUAUCCUUAGGACACUGGAUCAUCCAAAUGUCAUAAAGCUUCAAGGGAUUGUAACAUCUCGUGUAUCACAAAGCCUGUAUCUUGUCUUCGAAUACAUGGAACAUGACCUUUCUGGUCUCAUUGCAACUCCUGGUCUCAAGCUCACUGAGCCACAGAUAAAGUGCUUCGUUCAGCAGCUGCUUCAUGGCCUUGAUCAUUGCCACAAAAAUGGAGUUCUUCAUCGAGACAUCAAAGGCUCAAACCUUUUGAUUGACAACAAUGGAAUGCUGAAGAUUGCAGACUUUGGACUGGCUACAUCUUAUGAUCCCAAGAAUCCGCAACCUCUGACAAGCCGUGUUGUGACACUGUGGUACAGACCACCAGAACUUUUGCUCGGUGCAACAGAGUAUGGUGUGGCUGUAGAUAUGUGGAGUACAGGGUGCAUUGUGGCAGAAAUGUUUGCUGGCAAAGCAAUCAUGCCAGGAAGAACUGAGGUGGAGCAAAUCCACAAGAUUUUUAAGCUCUGUGGGUCGCCAAUGGAUGACUAUUGCAAGAAAUCAAAGGUGCCAGAGACAGCAAUGUUCAAGCCUCAGCAUCAGUAUAGGCGGUGUGUUGCUGAGACUUUCAAAGUUUUUCCUACUUCAGCUGUUGUUCUCAUAGACUCGUUGCUUUCGUUAGACCCAGAAGCUCGGGGAACAGCUGCCUCAGCUCUUCAAAGUGAUUUUUUCAAAAAAGAGCCAUUUGCGUGCGAUCCAUCAAGCCUGCCAAAACUUCCACCAAGCAAGGAGUAUGAUGUUAGACUGAGGCAAGAGGAAGCCAGGAGGCAAAAAAAUGCAGCUCUUGGCGGACAAGGAGCUGAAUCUGUCAGGCCAGGAAAUGAGAAUCAUGUAACGAACCGUGCUAUUGCUGAUGCUGGUGAAUUGAAGCAACAAACACACACUAGCUCGAAGAGCAACAGCGACGAUUUGAACCCAGAGGACAGUGUUCCAGGUUUCAGGGUGGAGUCACGGGCACGUCCAACCACAGUGCAGCUCCCCGGGUGCAGUUCCGCAUGGAACAACAUGGAGGGCGACAACGACCAGCCAACAGUGCCUGGCCGUUCUUGCAGCUCCGUGCGUGUCGCAAAUGCCUGCGCCACAAGGAAGAAGGGGUCAUCACACUCACUCAUACCGCAGUUCGGCGCGACAGAUUUGAGGAGCACUGUUGAGGCUGCUGAUCACAACCACCCACCGGACAGGGAUGGUGGGAACAAGAACCCAGAGGUCAAGGACGCCAUGAACCAUGGGAGGAAGUACAGAAGGAUCCACCACUCUGGACCAUUGAUGCCGCCAGGAGGGAACGUCGAGGACAUGCUCAAGGAGCACGAGAGGCACAUCCAAGAAGCCGUUCGCAAGGCACGCGUCGGAAAGCCGGGCAGGUAGCCCGAGCGGUUGGAAGGUGCUUUGGGGUUCUGAGAAGAUGGGCCAGAGUUCAGAGGUGCCACUAAUUUCAUGCUGCUGCAAAAGCCCAACGUAGAGUUUUUAGCAUGUAAAAAUGUGUUCUCAGAUAGGAUACAAUCACCUUGUACGAUUUUAGACCGCAUAGUACACUGGAUUUACGGUAAUUUCCCUCGUCUUUUACUCCUUAGAACAGUGACUGAAUAUAGAGUUAUGGUGAAGUUUGCAACAGUUAAACUAUGAACUUUUUCCUACCUUCCUUUAACCUGGAGGAUGGAAAAUUGGGCUGGAUUUAACCUAACAGGGGAAAAAUGAACAGUUGAUUGUUGGUUCUGGAGUGAUUCUGCAAUAAGUAGCAUAUAAAUUGUUCGAGGAAAACGGGGAAACAGAGAAGAACCAGACAUUCAGAAAAUGAAUGAAUCAGGCAAAAUGAU